AUGAGGCUCCUAUCGGUUGUCGCCAUCUUGGCAUUCGGGCUGCAAUCCGUUGCGUCGGCGGCAGUAUCCGCACAGUGCCGAUGCUUGCCUGGUGAUGCUUGUUGGCCGUCCGAUUCUACCUGGAGUGCUUUCAAUGCGUCUCUGGGUGGAGCCCUUAUUGCCACGGUUCCCAUUGGCUCGCCUUGCCAUGAUCCCAACUAUGAUGCGGCCGCCUGUGAGGAACUGCAGAAUGCUUGGACACUUCCAGAGACCCAUUUCCCGUCGACUUCGUCGGUCAUGCAGGCAUACUUUGCAAACCAGAGCUGCGAUCCUUUCACUGCUCAAUCCCGGCCCUGUGUCUUGGGCAAUUAUGUUUCAUAUGCCGUCAACGUGUCCUCUGCAGCCCAAGUCGCCGAAGCCUUGACCUUUGCUCAGACCAACAACAUCCGUGUCCUUGUCCGUAACACCGGUCAUGACUUCCUUGGCCGGUCCACCGGUGCCGGUGCUCUAGCCAUUUGGACUCACAAUCUGAAAACCAUCAGCUUUACGGACUGGACUGAUGAGUACUACACCGGCCCUGCUGUCCAGGUGGGAGCUGGUGUGCUUGGCUACGAAAUCCUAGAGGCCGCGGACGCCCAAGACAAAGUGGUCGUCACGGGCGAAUGUCCUACCGUUGGAAUAGCGGGAGGCUACACACAGGGCGGCGGGCAUUCUGCUCUCAGCACCUCAUUUGGACUUGGUGCCGACCAGACUCUUGAGUUCGAAGUGGUCACCGCUGCUGGCGAGCUUGUCACAGCCUCGCGCACCAAUAACAGUGACUUGUAUUGGGCCCUGAGCGGUGGCGGCGGCGGCACUUACGGAGUUGUUCUGUCUAUGACCGUUCGGACAUACCCAGAAGCGACCGUUGGUGGCGCCAGCCUCGAGAUGGCCGCCGCCUACACGACGCAGGACAACUUCAACGAAGCUGUGUCCGCCUUCCACGCCCUUCUACCGAACAUGACAGACCAGGGUGCAAUGGUUGUCUACUAUGUCAGCGAUGCCGUGUUCGCCAUCAACCCAAUUACAGUCUACAAUUCUACUGCAGACUAUGUCGAGAACACUGUCUUGGCACCAUUUACUGCCAAGCUGGCUGAGCUAGGCAUUCCAGCAUCUGUCGCUUACACAGAACUGUCUUACCUCGACCAUUACAAUGCAUACAUGGGGCCACUGCCAUAUGGUAAUGUGGCUGUUGAGGAUUAUCAGUUCGGCAGCCGCAUGAUACCCCGCAGUGUCAUCGAGGACAACAACGACGGCCUCCAGACGGUUCUCCAGAAUCUGACUGCGAACGGAGUGUUGGCUGUUGGUAGCUCGGCAUCAUACGUUGGUCCCGAGGGUGCCUACAACUCCGCAAACCCAGCUUGGCGCAACACCACGGUUCAUUUGCAGCUGACAACCCCGUGGAACUCAUCGGCUGCCGCAUGGCCAGCAAUGCUGGCAGCACAGAAGCAGAUGACGGAUGAAUUCGUACCACAGCUGACAGCCGUGACUCCGGACAGUGGCGCUUAUGUCAACGAAGCCGACUUCAAUCAGCCAGAUUGGCAGGAGACAUUCUUCGGUAGCAACUACGAUGCGCUCUUGGCCAUCAAGAACAAGUGGGAUCCUGAAUCUCUAUUCUACAUCCUCAAGGGCGUUGGAAGUGAGGCCUGGACUGUCAGCGAAGACGGAAGGAUGUGCCGUACAUAA